AUGAACCAACUUACAACGGCCAGGCAUGGAACCGCAUGUUCUACUUCCAAGUUGACGGGCAAUUCGAUCGCCAGUUCAGUCAAUAAAGAGUUUAUUUUCGUCAGUGAUGAACGCGGUAUCCAAGGCCGAUUAGAGGAACGAGCGGGAACCGCUCUAGGAGCCGUCUUCGUAGCUCAACCCCGGGACCUCAAGCUAGAUGCCUUCAAGAGUGUUUUGCCGCCCUACCCAGGUCACAAGAAAGCCCCUGACUUUAUGCUCAUAACCGUAGCCCACAAAGCUAAAGUGGUAGGAGAGGCUAAAUUUCCUUGGAUACCCGAGCACUAUCAGAGAGACCUGGUACGCGAAUUUGAGGCCGGGAUCAUUGAAGAACCGUUCAGGCACGCACUAGGCCAGAUUGCGCAGUACAUUAUUGAGUUGGGCCCAAAAUAUGGGUUCUUGACCACGUACGACCAAACGAUCUUUCUUCGAGAAGCAGAUGUAACUUAG